GCGGUGCUUCGAUCUCCAGUGCUUCGAUAGCUCGACACAGUGUCGAAACCUGAGUAUCGAGCGGCCCAUCACUAGCUGUAAUUAAUUUAGUACGAUUUUAUAGUUUUGGAACGUGUUCUGUUUGGUGCGUGAUUGUCAUUUAGCGGCCUCGUAGAAUCUGUUCUCUUGCCAUGUCUGCCGACUUUUUGGGUUCGUGGGCAUCUGAAAACAGGCCGAGCCAGGACUGCCAAAGUUGCCCCAGCAAAGACUGCUCUCAGGCGGAUGCUUCGAAGAGUAAAGAGAAUCCCAGGCAUUUGAUUCCUCAGCUUUGCAAGCAGUUUUAUGAUCUUGGGUGGGUGACUGGCACUGGAGGAGGCAUCAGCGUAAGGCAAGGAGAUCUUAUAUAUAUUGCUCCAUCGGGAGUUCAGAAGGAGAGAAUUCAGCCUGAGGACUUGUUUGUUUGUGAUAUUGAAGAACGCGAUAUCCACUGCCCACCGUCUUGUAAGAAACUCAAGAAGAGUCAAUGUACACCGCUGUUCAUGAAUGCCUACACUUUAAGAGGAGCAGGUGCAGUUAUCCAUACCCAUUCAAAGUCUGCAGUCAUGGCUACGCUACUUUUUCCAGGCAAGGAGUUCCGCAUCACUCAUCAGGAGAUGAUCAAGGGAAUUCAAAAAGGAAACUCUGGAGUUAACUUUAGAUAUGACGACACUCUAAUUGUACCAAUUGUUGAGAACACACCAGAGGAAAAGGACCUGAAAGAUCGAAUGGCCAGGGCCAUGGAAGAGUACCCUGACAGUUGUGCUGUUUUGGUUCGACGGCAUGGUGUUUAUGUUUGGGGAGAAUCCUGGGAGAAAGCCAAAACUAUGUGUGAAUGUUACGAUUACCUGUUUGACAUCGCAGUAAAGAUGAAGAAACACGGUUUGGAUCCAUCUCUGCCCCCAGCCGAAGAGAAAGGAAUUGUCUGACAUUUCUUAAUAAGAGAUCAUUUCACCUUGGACAUUGGAAACGUUGAAGCUUAAAUCAGGUGGUUUUAUGAAAACAAAAGUAUUUUCGUGUCUAAAAGAAAGUGGAAGUAGCAUCAUGUCAGAAUAUAAUUUCUCCACAAUUUUUUUUUUUUUUAAUACCACAAGCAUCCAGGAUGAGGUUUUCUUCAGUCCACCCAUUCAUUCAGUGGCUGUCCUCCAGCACAAGCACUGUGAAGACUUGUGCAAUUGUACUUGACGUCAACGGGCGCGCGUCUUAAACGUGGGAUGCAGAUUUUUCUUUUAAGACGGAUGUAACUUGUAGAUCCACUUUUUUCAAGUUAUGGUACCAUGCAGGGCUCUGAUGUGGCCCAGACGCCAGGUCUUCAGUCUCAAUCAUUUUUGAUUUUGUAGAAAUACUCUAUGCUAUUUAAUGGGUUUGGUCUUUUAUGGAAGAAUCCCAUUUGGAAUUAUUGUCAGGAUUUUUUGACUCAUUUUGCAUUUUUACUUGUGAUUAAGUCUUUUCUGUAGCACUAAACAAAGCCAUUUUAAUUAAUAAUGGGGAAAAAAAUUGUAUAAUAAAAACAGAAUUGUACAUCGAAGGGU